ACGGACGAAAGACCGUCCGAACCUCCUCGAUUUGCUUUGAAACCCCAUCACUGCCAGCAGCUUACGUCUGACUUCUUGCUACCACUGAAGCCUCUUUAUUUCUCAUCAACUGGGUCCGUUUGCUUUUGCCAGAACAAGUUGCGGACGCGAUAAUACAUCCAUCAACUUCCGCGAUCCGGAGUGCGCCGUGCAGAGCCGAGUCCGGACGAAUUCGUCGCAAGAGCUAGGUUCGUGCGAUCUGGGUGGUUGGAACACAACGAAUCGAGAUGCCCAAGGAGGAGACGUUACCGACACGCAAAAAGAUGCGUAAGGGUACGCAUAGUUGCUUCGAAUGCCGUCGCCGCAAGAUCCGAUGCAUCUUCCAGCCCGACAACCCGGAUGUCUGUUCAGAAUGCUUCGCGCGCGGCAGCAGGUGCAUCGACCAAGAACAUGCCAACCCGGAAGUCAUUGUCGACCACAGGAAGAAUCUCCGUGAGCGAGUAUCACGACUGGAAGCCUUGGUCGACACGUUGCUAGAAGACAAAACCGUCAAGUCAGAAAGCCGGAGUCAAAGUCAGAGCUUAGCCGACACCUCGUCACCAAAAGCGCCUACUACUUACCACAAGGAUACUUUCCCACCGACUCCUCUUUCAUCAGGGGCCUCGUCCAACAUCUUUCAGUUGCCGAACAAUCAGCGGGCUGCUUCAGACCGUGGUCAUCACAUACCUAUCCUCUCUGUGUUCGAAGAUGCAGUAUGUAUUUCAAUACUAUAAGCUCUAUCUGAUACUUACUGUCUACAGCUCAACGAUGCUGAAGCGCAAGCGAAGGCCCGCAAUUGCCCUUUGGAGCAAUCAACACCAAAGCCUGGAGGAGCGGCU